GGGGCCACUAGUCAGCCACGUCACUCUCUGUUUUCCCUCUCGUCGUCGCCGUCGCCGAUCUCUCUCUCCGUCGGUUCGUUCCUCCCCGCCGCCGGCGAGCCAAGCAGAGCCAUGGCGGUCGCGCUCCUCCGCCGCGCGCUCCUCCUCCGCCGCGUCCUCCCCUCCCCUUCUCCCUCCCCCACCCUCCCCGCGGCCUCCGCCCACCGCCUCCUCUCCGCGUUCACCACCUCCCAGCAGAACGCCACCACCACCACCGUCGACCUCUCCUCCGACGAGAGCCGCCGCCGCCUACUCAACAGGCUGGUGUACCGGAGCAAGCAGCGGGGGUUCCUGGAGCUGGACCUGGUGCUGGGUACCUGGGUGGAGCAGCACGUCCACUCCAUGGACGAGCCCAACAUCCGCGCUCUCCUGCAAGUGCUCGACCUUGAAAACCCAGAUUUGUGGAAAUGGCUUACUGGUCAGGAGCAGCCACCAGAGGAUCUGAAUUCUAAUCCAGUGUUCACUGCCAUCAAGUCGAAGGUCACAGAUAACCUCACCAAGCAUGCCUCUCCUGAGACCCGAUCAACACCAGGUCAGCCAUGGGUGAGAGGAUGGGAUGACAUAAAGAAAGGCAAAGAUGGACCAAAGUACGGAAAUCAGUGAAAAGGGGAUUGAAACAGGGGUGAUAGUUUUAUGUCCUAAAUAAGGCCAUAUACCUGUUCUCUCGCAUAUGGUUCUGGUGUAGAAUAAAUUGAACCACGGCUGGCAUGUUUGACGUGUGUGACCGUUUGUUGAAGUGAUCUGUUGAAUUAGUUUGUAGCUGUGGAUGUGUGCUAAUAUGCUCUGUAUAUUUUGAUACCCAUGGUGACAGCCACUGGCUCCACUGCUGCUCAUAGCAGUUCUGGAUUAGGGUCUUACCUCAUUUUUCUGCUGUGUUUAUAUUGUUUACCUGUUUGGUGGUGUAACACCCCAGGUGUUAAUCACCUGUAGUUAUGGUUAAUCGUGUAUUUGAUAUC